AUGCGAGCUGAUUCAAUAACUAUCAAUUACCUGCUUGAACGAGGCUGUGAUCCGAGCUUGGAGCACAUCCGACGACCCAACAAUGCGACAAGCCUGGAACUUGCAUUGAGAGCAAACGAUCCCAAAGCGGCAGGGGCAACAUUUGACGUCCUGCUACACCACGGAGCUGAUAUGGACGCACUCAGGACAAUCUACCAACCGGGCUGGAAAUACAACAACAUGGAGGAAGAAGACGGAAGACAUCUGACCUCUGCCCGGCUCCUUGUUGAGCGAGGCGCCAACACGGAUCCAAAGUCUAGCGAAUAA